AAAAAUGGCUGGCAAACGUCAAAGAUUUUCAGAAUGGCUCUCCGUCGAAAAUUUGAGAAGAAAAAGUGGAAAAAGGUGAAAAAGAUUGUCGCCUAGUUGGACAAUUUGUGCGAAAAACAGUGCAUAGACACUCAAGUGGGACGAUGCACCAGUGAGUGUGCCACAGACUUGUGUAAAUAUCGUGAUAUUUGGGGGAGAAAAAAAAGGUGGCUUAGGAGAGACUGCGAAGUGCUCAAAAGGUGGACUACUGUGAGUGUUUCGAGAGCCAAAAAUCCAGACAAAAUUUUUUGCUCAAAAUCUCCGGGUGGUGAUUUGUCCGGGAAAGUGGUGUUGUACUCUGUGGGGUGCUUGAGGGUGUGAACAGUGGGGUGUUGUGUGUGAUUUGGGUGUGAGGGGCGGAGGGAGGGAGACAAGGAGUCGUUGCGAUUUCAAGCAGAGGAAGAUUCAAGAUGGCUCCUCCGUCUCCAGAACUCGGCCAGCCAAAGGCGCCCGAUAAAGGUGAUUCCAGCACAACAGUGUCUGCCGGUGCCACCACUGAGCCCAGGGGAGCCACAAAUCAUGACGGUGGAGCCACCAGAAGCAGCGAAACAGCCAAACCUCCGGCCCAGGAUAGUGAGAACUUUGAACACUUUGAUGAUGGUCAAUUGAAGGCUUUACUGGAUGAAGCCAUCACAUACAAGACACCAAAGGAUCGUGAGCACAAAAGUGAAGCAUUUAAGAUACUGCUUGAGAGAGCGGAAAUUCAGGAGCAAGCUCAAGAGUUGAACUACGAAUUUAAGGCGUCACGGACGUCAGGUGGUUCACUGCAGGACCUGGCAAAUCCAGCCGAUGUGGAUUUCUUUGGUAGCAGCAUGAACCACCAGCGAAAGCAUCACAAUUCGCGACAGAAGAAAUACAGUACGACAUCAUCGGUGUCGUCGCGUCAGCGCGAAGGUGGAAGUUUGCCCAGCAAUGUCAAUGUGGCCACGAAUCAUCUCUAUCAGUAUGAAUCGACACAGCCAUUUCUCAAUGAGGUCAAAAGUAAGCGCAGCGGCGGCCGCAAAGUCGAUAUCCAUCCUAUUGUCAUGUACAGCAGUUGCACGUCGGAUUUGGUGGACAAGAGAGAGCGCAAAUUGCAUGGGGAGACUGAGGGAGGUGGUGUCCUGCUGGUGAGUCGCGAGGCAAAGCUGAGGGUGUCCGAUGAUGUGCAGCAUCUCGAGCAUGACUCGCUGGCGCAGAAUCACGGAGAUCCACUGGGUGGUGAUGAAUGCGGGAAUUAUGAAAAGAAUUCACUGAAUAAGAUCCCCAGGGCGAGUUUUACAUCACAGAAGAAUAUCGAUCUUGGCCAUCAUUCGACACAAGUGGACAAGAGUGUGGAGUUUUCGGCACUGACUGAGGGAUGUGGCACUAAGAAUGUCGAUAUGACGCCACUGCAGCUCAAUCCGUCUUAUAAAUCAGUGAACAGUGUUGUGAAUCCCAUUAUUGACCCCUCAAAGAAUGUUCAGGCAUCACUCACGCACAGGAUUGCGGUGAAGCAGGCCAACAGAGAUCAGAAAACGGAUGAAAAUGGCAAUUCGGUGAAUUCUUUCAAUGCAACAGCAACAGUCACAGUUCCCCAGACAUCGAAGACGAAGAAGAAGAUCUCCAAGGCCGAACGCAAUACGAUCAUCAAGAAUUCCCAUGAUAUUGAUGGUUUUCGCGGGAGUGACAAUAUUGAUUCAUUGGUGCGUUUCAUUGAGAACAAGGAGAAUACACGCAAGAAUGCCCUCAAGGCCAGCAGCAGCAAAAAUAGCAACAAUAGCAACAGCAGCAAUUCAGGAAGUGUAAUUGUGUCCAGUGAUCGGGUCAAGAAGGAGAAGAAGAGUUCCGGCGGUGGGGAGAAGAAGAAGGAAAGUGGUAGUAAUAAGUUGAAGAAGAGCAAUUCAAUGGAUGAGUUGAGUAGUUGCAGUAAAUUGGAGGAGAUUGCACGGUCGGAAAAUGUGAGUAAUCAUGAAAAUGGUGGAGUUACACUGAGGGCCAAGGGGAAGAAAGUGCCGACGGAAAGUACACCAUUGCUGGGCGGUGGUGGGAAGGGAGGUAAGAGGGGUGAGAGGAGAUCAUGGGGAACGGAAGAAUUGUCAUAUUUGGGUGAGACGGAGGUGACUGAGGUGCAACAGGGGAAGAAGGAGAAGGAGAAGGAGGGGAAGAGUAGUAAGGGAGGUGGAAAGGAUGUAGCAGCUGCAGUUGGUGGAAUAAUUCCUGGUGGGAAUCUCAAGGGGAAGAAGGAUGAUCAGCAAUCCCUUUCGGUGGAAUCAAUGUCAUAUGAAAUGGCUGAAUUUCAUGUGGUGACCAAAAAGAAGAAACCGAAGAAACGACAAAAUAUCAUUGUGACGCCAUUUGAGGGUGAUAGUCGGACGGUAAGUAGUGCUCCAAAGGGGCAAAAUGUACCGACAAGGGGGAGUCAGAAGUGUGCCAAAGUUGUGUACAAUCAUCAGACAAGUAGUCAUUUUGCCAAUGAUCGCGAUGUCUAUGUCAAUGAUCGGCGCAAAUCAACGUCAUCCGUGCCACCGUCUGAGAAGUCUGAUUCCAGUGAUCUCGAUUCUGUCCAUUCACUGCCUGUGGAAUCGUCCACGGCAUUGUCCCUCGGUCUUACGACAAUUCCCACGACACAUCCUACAACUUCCACACCACCUCAAGCUAGCUAUGCUGAUAUCGCUAGAAUAGCCAAUAGUGCUGAACAGAGAUUUCAGCUCAAGGACAAUUGGCCAGCUAUGCCACUGAGGCAUGGUAAUGGUACCACCAAUCAGGAAGCCAUGGAAACUGCAUCGACUAACAGCGGAAGUAGCUACAAGAGUCAAAAUAGUGUUGUACAGCGAAUUAUUCAGGAGCCGCCGGCAAUGAUUGUGGCGGCAGAUGAUGCUGCACCGCAAUCGGUUGCGGAGAAAAAAUCCCCAGGAACGUUAAAUGGAAUCAUAGGGGGAGUAGGGAUGAGUGUAGAUGGCGCUGUUGGGCAAAAUAUGGCUGAUGUGAUUAAAAGUAGUAUGGAAAAAUCAUCUACGUCAACGCCACCUGGUGGCAGUGGUGAAAGUGGCGCGAAAGUCCAACUACAGAAGUCAAAGAGUGUCGAGGCUGAUGUCACAGCCUACUUUGGCAGUAUUGAUCAGUAUCCGGCCCUGGAGAAGACGAUAAAGUCAAAGGUGCAGCAUAAGACAGUUCCCAACGUCGAUAUGAUGACGAAAAAAUUAAAAUCAAUCGUAUCAAGUAGUUUUAGUGGCAAUAGUGUUAGUAUUAGUGGUAAUUGUAGUAGUGUAAGUCAAAAUUUGGCUGUGAAUAUGUCACUUGUUGAACAAUUGAAGUCACCAGGGCUCGUUAGUAGUGUCAAUAGUCGGUGUGAUAGGAAUGCACAACAGCAGCAACAACAACAACAACAACAACAAUCCAAGAUGGAUGAUAGCCAUGGUAGCAUCAGUAGCAGUAGUAGCAGUCGAAAGUCGAGAAGGUCCAGUGAACACAAAACAUCGAGUCAACUCGAUGAUAAUCGACCAGCUGUCAUAAUUCUCAAUGACAAUGAUCGAUAUCAACUCAAUGAAGGCAUAACAUUUGGCUUUGACAUCAACAAUCAACUACUCUUUGGGGAUUUCAAUGAGAAUGAACUUCAUCUGCUGGAAUCGGCCUCAUCAUCAUCAACUACCACGACAACAUGUGGUCAAAAUCCCGAUACGGGCUAUGGUUCAAAUGCCUCAACAACUGACAGUUUAAUCAACAAUACCAGUGUGUCAAGUCAAAAGUCUAGCGAAGACACAAACUACACAUCCGAGACACACUUCAAUCACUCCCUCGAUGAUACCUAUUCGGAAAAUCCAACGCCACCAGAGGAAAAUGUAGACGGGGAGGAGGAUGAAGAGGAGGAAGAAAAUAGUGAAAAGUGUGAUCCAAUGCCCAUUCUAAAGGCCUGUGUUAGUGUUCAGACCAGUAUGGAGCAUUUGUAUAUCAAUGACACACAACCACCAGUACAGGCGGUUCGUGUCGAAGAUUCGUCCAUCAUUGCCUCCAUUCCGGCCCAGAUAUCAUUCACGCAUGCAGACAGUGAGAGUAACAAUAUCAUGCAGAUGCUGAGUCCGGCUGGUAGGAGGCUCUGCGGCAAGAAGCUCAAUGUGAGAUAUGUAGCACCAGCCGAGGAUGAGCUCAAUCUUACCGCCUACAAUCACGACAAGAUCGUCAACUAUGUAGGAUUGGCUUGGGAAACCGUGGCUGGAAAUGAUGGAGUUCAGUACUACGAUGGCCAAUAAGACAUCAAAGAUAUCAACAAGGAGAGAGAAGUAAAAGAAUUCUUUGUGGUGAGCAGAAGCUGAGAAAAGUGGUGCGAAAAAAAAAUUGAAAAAAAAAAUUUAAAUAAAUAAAAGAAUGAUUCUUUGAGAGAGAAAGUUGGGGUGAAAAUAUUAAAAAAAACCAUUGAAGACAUUGAAACACAUUGAGCAUGAUAAAAUACUAAAACAACAUUUAAAAAAAUAAUACUAAAAGAUUGUGCGAAUACUAUAAAAGAAAAAUGAUGACUAAAAUUGGUUCUAGUUAUUAACACAAUAAUACUUGCAAAAAAAAGAAAAAAGAGAAAAUAUUUAUCGAAAAAAAACACUUGAACUAACAACGGAAGAUAUAAAAAAAAUAUAUAUUAGAAAAAUAAAUGUGUAUUGUACAUUAAAAAAAAACUGAGAGAAAAUGGUGGAAAAAAACAUUAUACAUAUAGAACACUAUUUAAAAAAAAAAGAAAAAAAAGGUGAAAAAAUGAAAAACUUGAUAGGCAACAUAGGAAAUUAAAUAACGAUUAAUCGCUUUAGGUAGUUUUAAAAAUUGAAUGGAGAUGAAAAAAAAACAAUAUAUUAGGAAUAUA